ACCUCCAUGGGGGCUAUUGGCUAUUCUAUUAGCUGGUUCCGAGUGAGGGACCUCAAUGCAGGAAGCCACACUGUUGCUUUCUUGGUGUGAGUCCAUGGGACAGGGUGACUGCCUUGAUGCCUGGGCCCGUGCUGCCUACAUAUUAGCUGAAAGCAGGGCCAAUCCUGCAGCUUUGCCCACUUGCCUAGCGUUUAAGAGCAACUGCUCAGGGCUUUCAGCAUUUGCCAUGCCUGAAACCAGAGUUGGUUUCUGGGUUUAUCAAGGACUUGCGGAAAUCUCAAAAUAAAUCUCUUGCUUUCUGGACCAUGAGUUGUUGCUUCCUCUUUUCUUCUCUGGACUUUCCCCAGAGGAAGAGAAAGCAGAAGUCUCAGGGCUGGAGACAGCUGAGGAGCAUCAGCUGGUUCAAGGUGUGGAGUGUGGGCAGUGGAGUGAAGGCCUGGUUACCUCUCCAGUGAAGAUUAGCCCCAUAGAGCUCACUCUAUGGGGAAGAACUUUUCUGACUCCUUCCUGUCUAGGGAGUGCGUGAUCAGAAUGGUGUCAGGACGGUUCUACCUGUCCUGCCUGCUGCUGGGGUCCCUGGGCUCCAUGUGCAUCCUCUUCACUAUCUACUGGAUGCAGUACUGGCGUGGUGGCUUUGCCUGGAAUGGCAGCAUCUACAUGUUCAACUGGCACCCAGUGCUUAUGGUUGCUGGCAUGGUGGUAUUCUACGGAGGUGCGUCACUGGUGUACCGCCUGCCCCAGUCGUGGGUGGGGCCCAAACUGCCCUGGAAACUCCUCCAUGCAGCGCUGCACCUGAUGGCCUUCGUCCUCACUGUUGUGGGGCUGGUUGCUGUCUUUACGUUUCACAACCAUGGAAGGAUUGCCAACCUCUACUCCCUGCACAGCUGGCUGGGCAUCACCACUGUCUUCCUCUUCGCCUGCCAGUGGUUCCUGGGCUUUGCUGUCUUCCUCCUGCCCUGGGCGUCCAUGUGGCUGCGCAGCCUCCUAAAACCUAUCCACGUCUUUUUUGGAGCCGCCAUCCUCUCUCUGUCCAUCGCAUCUGUCAUUUCCGGCAUUAAUGAGAAGCUUUUCUUCAGUUUGAAAAACACCACCAGGCCAUACCACAGCCUUCCCAGUGAGGCGGUCUUUGCCAACAGCACCGGGAUGCUGGUGGUGGCCUUUGGGCUGCUGGUGCUCUACAUCCUUCUGGCUUCAUCUUGGAAGCGCCCAGAGCCGGGGAUCCUGACUGACAGACAGCCCCUGCUGCAUGAUGGGCAGUGAAGCAGCAGGAAGGGGCUCCCAGGAGCUCCUGGUGGUGCAGCCUGUGCUCCCCUCAGAAGCUCUGCUAUUCCCAGGGCUCCCGGCUGGUUUCAGCAGGCGACUUUCUUCGACUGCUGGGCCCAGACUUCUUGCCUGGGUGCUGGCCUGCCCUCUCCGGCCGCUUGCUGCCUGUCUGCUUUUCUUGGUGGCUUUGCCUGGGUGCUGGCCUGCCCUCUCCGGCUGCUUGCUGCCUGUCUGCUUUUCUUGGUGGCUUUGCCUGGGUCCUGGCCUGCCCUCUCCGGCCGCUUGCUGCCUGUCUGCUUUCCUUGGUGGCUUUGGCUUCUGUACUCCUUGGCAUCAGCCUCUCUGGUCCUCCAUUCACACGAGGUCCUCCUUGCUCUGGCCACUCUUGCUGCUCCUGUCUGAAGAAAUCAGACUGAUUUCCUCUUAAGACUCCUAGGGAUGUGGUGAAGAGCUGGGACUCAAGUGCAGUCCACUGUGAACCAUGAGGGAGGUGAGGUGUCUGUCCACUUCCCCCAUAAAGGUGUGCGUUUCAGUUAGGCUGCCCCGCCACAGAGCAGGCUUCAUCUGCUCUGCCAUCCAGCCCCAUCUGGAUGUCAGGUGGGGUGGAGACAUCAUGGGGUGAUUGCAGAAGGGGGGAGUGGCAGCCCACGCAGCUUCUGCUGAGGAGCUGACCGCUCUGAGCUGUUCUGUUUCGUACUGCUGCUCUGUGUCUGCAUGUAUCGUGACCGUGCGGCUCCACCUCUUCCAGCUGCUGCUGCAGCUGAGGCCUGGAUCCCGGUCUUUCCCUGUGACUUACGUGCCUGUCACCGGCAGGCAGCCCUACAAAUCCUGGUGACCUGCUCUCCCAAGAACACAGCCUGUCCCCAAAUGUCCCAGUAGCGAUGAGUAACAGAGGUGGCUGUGGACUUCCUUUACUUCUCCUUGCUGGAUCAGGGCCUUUCUGCCUCCUGCUGGGCAGGUCCAGCCUUGCUCUCUUGGCAGGGCCCCAGGCCCUCUGAUCACUCUACAGCUCACCAUGCAACUGAUGCCAAAGUUGUGGUGUCCUGUGUGCAGCAGCCCUGGGAGCCAUUGCCACCUUCAGAGGGGUUCCUUGCUGACAGCCACAUUGCUUCACCUGCCCCCACCAUGGCUGCUUGCCUGGCCCAACCCAGUGUUCUGUGCCAUGCUAGAGCUUGAGCUGUUGCUCUUCUUCAGGGGAGGAAAUAGGGUGGGGAGGGGGAAGGGUCUUGCUCCUCUCCUAAGUAUUGCUGCUGUGGCUUUUUUGCCUUCUCCAAAGAUGCACUGCCAGGUCCCAAGCUCCAGACUGCUGUGCUUAGUAGGCAAGUGAGAAGUCUGGGGUUUGGAGCCCACCUAUUCUCUGGCAGCAUCAGCAUCCUACUCUCUGGCAGCAUCAGGCCAACGUCCACCCCAGCCUCACAUUGCCAGAUGUUGGCAGAAGGGCUAAUAUUGAACGUCUUGACUGGAUGGAGCCUUCAAAGCCACUGGGAUGUCCUCCAGGCACCUGGGUCCCAUGACCAGCUCCCUGUCUCCAUAGGGGUAGGCAUUUCACUGGUUUAUGAAGCUCGAGUUUCAUUAAAUAUGUUAAGAAUCAAA